UAGCCCUGCUUUGUAUGUGUCUGUCCCAAGCAGUGGAGUCGAUCCCCUUCCCCCCAGGUGCUGUGCGGACAGAAUGUCGGGGCCGUUAUUUCUGGAUAUGGAUGGACAAGGCUGCCUUGGGCCAGAAUUUGUGGCAUUACAGCGUCUUCAAUGAGCAGAGACAGCGCAUCCCCGUGACGGGGCAUGUUGCCUCCCAGUGUGGCUUCACCAGUGGCACCGACUUGUAUGGCAACCCUGAGAUCAGAGUUUCCUUCCUGGCCUGUUCAGUCCGCAAUUCGUUUGACCAGGAGUUCAGCCUCCAGCUCCAGGUGGAGGUAACCAGUCCAGCGAACUUGACGGCCACUUACGACGUCUUUAUGAACUGCCCCCUUGGUGCCCCAUGGAGCCCCCGCGAGAUCGUCUGUGAGGAAAACUACAUGGAGGUCUCCGUCCGACGGGCAGUCCCAGGAAUAGCUAGCGAGGCUUUGAAUGAAGACUGGAUUGCAGUGUGGCCUGUGGCCCAAGGGGCUGUGAAUCAGGUGUGGCAGGUGGCUUUCCACUAUCAGAACGGCUCCCUGCAGAACAUGAUGGCCACCGAAGCACAUGCCUUGGGCUACGGCGUCAACACCACGGCUACCCGCGUCCUUUUCCGCACUCCCUAUGGCACCCAGCAGACCGAAGUCUCCCUGGUAGAGGGCCUGGAAGUGGAGGUGGCAAGGGCCACAGUCUUUUACAAGCAGGCCUGGAUGAUCCUCAUGGUAGACACCGCUCUUGCCUGUCCCAUCAAUCUCCCUAUUUUCACCACCACCACCUUAAGGUGGGGAACCCCCCGGAUCUUGCCAUCCCUGGUGAGAUUCCCUCAUCUGUACAGAGAUGAAGCUGUUGAGAUGGGCUUGGAUGGGCGUGUGAUUGACGCAGCCACCAUCCUGACGAAUGGAUACAGCUUCCUGGCAGACACCAAAUUCUUCAGCAUCACAGUGCCCAUUGGGGCCCCAGGAGGUCUCAUGGAGAGCGAUGUGAUUGACAACCACUACGGCACCACCUACAGCAUAAAGCUGCUGUUGGACCGCAGGUGGCAGGGAGACGAGAGUGACCGGACACGCCACCGCAGCUUCAAGGCCAUCCACACACCGUUUGCUCCUCAUGCACCUGUGCUGACUGACAACACAGUCGCUGAGAGAGGUUACUUCGACAUCAGCCUAGGCAACUUCCUUCCAGACUUGGAGCUGGUCACCAUCGCGGUUGGCGGCAAGCCCUUAACGCCCGCUGAGCUCAAAGGGCGUGGUUUCGGCCUGGGCGAAGCCCCCAACCCCAACAACACGAGGGUCUUCAUCCUGCAGGUCCCUUUCACUGACCCCCUGGUGGAGCAGGAGUACCUGUAUGACAACAUCAGAAGAUACACCCUGCGGCUAGAAUACACCUUCAACCUGAACCCAAAGGGCAAGCCUUUCACCUACCUUGGGGUAAUUGAAUGUGACGUAACUGAUGUUGUUCUUCCGACCUUUGAAGGCUUCUGUGAGACGGGGAGGAUUGGACUGGUAAUGACCCACGGAAACUUGGAUCGCUACUGGGUCCCGUACGUGGGGAAUUUGCAGCUGACAAAUGAAUUGGCCGCAUCGCAGAACUACACUGUGCAGGAUGACGGCAGCUACUACUACCUCUCAGUGCCCUUUUUGGCACCUGGCUUGGUGUAUGAGGAUAUCUCCCUCCAAGGACUAACUGCCCGGCUCGACUUCACCUUGAGGGACAACAAGACGUCGGCGACACUGAUAGCAUUCCCUGUUGGCUGUAUUUUCCCCACUGGAAAACUGCUUGUGUGUCUCCCCAAUGGAACCAUAAUGGCCACAGUCCUCAGCCUGGACACGAAGCCGGAUUUGGACCCCAGGAAAACCCACCUACGGGACAAGAAUUGUGGGCCAGUGGCUGCUGAUGAGUCCAAGGCCCUCUUCUCUUUCCCAGUGGCUUCUUGUGGCACCACAAGGAGGUUUGACGGUAACUACUUGGUGUACGAGAACGAAGUGACCUUCAGGAGAGAGUUGAUUCCGGAAGCAAGUCCAGUUAUAACCAGGGACUCCCAGUACAGGCUGACCCUGCGCUGCCGUUACCCCCUCAACGAGGUGCUCCGGGUGUGGGCCCGCCAACUGCAGGGAGGGCAGGUGACACCUCAACCCUACGCUCUUGAAGCCAAAGCAUAUCAGCGGAAGAGGUCUGCAGGUCACCAUGCUGUAUCCCAGAUAGCAGGCCGCUCUUCAUCAGGAGCAGCUGCAAAAGCCAUCUCCAUAGCUCUGUUUGGGGUAGCUGCUGCAAUCGGCAUGAUCCUCCCUGUUGGAUUAAUUGGUUGUUAAAAACAAUAUUCUGAAAAUGUUAGGUGUCCAAAAAGAAAACAAAUAAAAGGCUUCAAACGA